AUGACAUCUCCUCUUGCCUUCGCCAUCGGAGGCCUGGUAUCAACUUAUGUCUUUCUUCGCUUGCUUCUUCAUUACACCCAAGAUGGGAAGGAACCGCCUGUCGUAGCAACGACAAUUCCAUUCAUUAGUCCUAUCCUUGGUAUGGCGAAAAAGAAAACUCAUUUCUAUGCACACAUCAGAGACAAGUUUGGCCUGCCCAUCUAUACGUUGAGGAUGCCAGGCACACGGAUAUACGUUGUAAACUCUACUACGCUCAUCACAGCCGUCCAACGCCAGCCGACGAUACUCGCAUUUCCUCCUAUCGAAACAAAGGCCGCAAUCAACGUCAUGGGCGCCAGCGAGGCAGGAAAAGAAAUGUUGUUGCAGAACACGGAUCCAAAUGAAGGCAAUUUGGAUAAGUCAUACGAAGCGGCGUACAGCAAAGCCAUCCAUCCCGUUAUGUCCUUGGGUGCCGACCUCGAUUCUAUGAGUCGAGCAGCAAUUAAGAGUAUUGCGGAUUCGUUGAACGGUCUGGCUAGGAACACACCUCAAGUUCUCGAGCUAUUUGAUUGGGUUCGUCAUGAGGUUUCAAGUUCUACUGCAGAAUCUGUUUACGGUCCUAUGAACCCGUUCAGAGAUUCAGCGAUUGAGGCAGCUUUCUGGAGAUUUGGACCUGGUGUCAUCACCCUAAUGAUCAACAUAUUCCCAUCUGUGUUGGCCAGGGAAAGUCUGAAAGCUCGCGAGCUUAUGGUGGAGGCCUUCGACCAGUACUUCAGAAACGGAGGACACAAACAAGGCUCAGCCCUUAUCAGAGCUCGUUACGAUUACAGCAUGAAGUAUAAUGUCUCAAUGAGCGACUUGGUCAGAUUUGAAAUCGGAGGAGCCGUUGCGAUUUUCGCCAAUACUGGACCUGCCGCUUUCUGGCUUAUCUAUCACAUCUUCUCGGACCCGAUCAUACUCGACGAGAUCCGGAGCGAGGUUUCAAAGAUAGUUGUGCAUGAAAACAAUGGCGCCACCAUUGAUAUAUCAGACGUCAAAACAUCUUGCCCCAUCUUACUGUCCACGUUUCAAGAAGUCCUCCGCUUCCAAAGCAUUGGAACUUCGGCUCGAGUCGUCAUGGAGGAUCACAUGCUCGACGGAAAAUACCUGUUAAAGAAGGGCGGUACAGUGAUGAUUCCCGGAACAGUUCAGCAUACGAUUCCCUCUGUCUGGGGCGAUAAUGUGUCCAGCUUCGACCAUAAAAGGUUCGUUCGGUCAGGGAGCAAGAAACGUCCUAACCCCGUCGCUUUCCGUGGAUUCGGUGGUGGAACUACUCUCUGUCCAGGUCGCCAUUUUGCCAGUACCGAAAUCCUGGCAUUUGCUACCUUGAUGGUUCUCCGCUUCGAAAUUAUUCCUGUUGGUGGGAAAUGGAGUUGUCCAACCACAGAGAAGGCUGAGAUGUGGGCUACAGUACCUCAACCCGACAUGGACAUUGUGGUAGAGGUGAAACCCAGAAAGGAG